AUGUCUCGCUACUUCCCCCACACGGCCUACGCAGAAGACCAGCCCCUCGCCGGCACGAUCCUCACAGUCCACGUUCUCAUGCGUGGCUACACAACCGGCACGGUAGUGGGUCUCGGCGUCGCGGCCGCGAGUGGAGCCGCUCGCCGACUCCGCGGCACAAAGCCCGUGCCAGCCACCGCCGUCGCCGGUACCCCGUUCUCCACAUCGGCAACGACAGCACUCCGAAGCGCAGGCGGACUACGCACCCUCCUUCGUAAAUCAGGCACCGCCAGCGCUGUCGGCCUAGGCCUCACCGGCGUCGCCACGGUGGCGAGGAUGUACGGCCGCGAGGACAUUGAGUGGCGCGAUCGCGCAUGGAGGCUGAUGGAGAGCCGGAGCCAGCUGGAGGUGGACGACUGGACGUACGGUGGUGCGGCUGCGGGCGUUGCGGCGCUUGGUAUCGCGAGGGCGGCUGGUAUGAAGGGGAGUGCGCUCGGUGUGAGGGUCGUUGCUGGCGCUGCUGGGUUGGGGAGCCUUGCGGGCACGGUUGGGUAUAUGAUUUGGAGGUACGGUGUGCAUGGAGGGAAGUAUCCCGAUUAUGUCGAUCCCGAGGUUGCGUUGUCGAGGGUGAUGGCUCAAACGCCGCUGGAUAUCAAGACUGACGAAUCCAGCUCAACUCCCUCGCAGACUGUGUCAAGCACCGCGCAGUCUAACGACAUUUCAGACUGCGAAAUCUGCCACCAAAUCUGGAGCCGUCUCACGACGUCUCCUGGCGGCAAAUACCACGAUACUGUCAACCUAGGCUCCUUUGAAGAAGCCCUCUCUUCGAAAUGCAGCAGACAUGUACCCAUUGUCAAGAUGUUCCACGAGCUUUGCAGUAAAUCAAGGCAACUUAAAAGCCUCGACUCUGCCGAUGUGGGCAUCAGAUUCCCUCGAACAGGUGCGCUCCAGCUCACAGAAAACAUCAAGACCGGCGGCCGAUACGCCGACCUCUUGCUUGUGAAAAGGGACUCUAUUUCGAGCCACCCGGGUAUCGCUCGCAUCCUAGACCCAGAAUGGAUCGAUGCCAGCGUCGUGACAUCCUGGAAGCAGCAAUGCGCGUCCUCCCACGGCCCCAAAUGCGCCAACCCCGUCAAGAUCUGGCCGAUUCGCCCAGCCUGGGUGGUAGACACCGAGAAGCGAUGCAUCGUCCCGGGAGACGGUUGCGAAUCGUACGCCACGCUAAGCUACCGCUGGGGCAAGACGCCCGGAUUGCACAUCCUCAGCGAUACAAUCUCGAAGCUCCAAACGCCUGGCGCCAUUGACGACCCUGUUAUCGCUUCCCAGCUCGCACCUAUGGUACUUCACGCCGUGCACCUCACCUCCAUCAUUGGGGAGCGUUACCUCUGGGUCGACACCCUCUGCAUCAACCAUGCCCGGGCAGAAGAGAGCAAUCAGCAGCUCCAGCUUAUGGCCGCCAUCUUCGCAAACGCCUCACUCACCAUCGUCGCACUCGAUGGUGAUGCCGAGGACGGCUUUCCCGGUCUGCGGGGCGUAUCAUGCCCCAAACCCCAAAAGGACGAAGACGAAGAUUGGAGCCCAAUGCCCUUUGGCGACGAGCAGUUCAUCCGCGAUAAGAACAACAUUUUCAGCCUUAGUCACUGGGGGGCCUAUCAUAAGCGCGCGUGGACAUACCAAGAGUUCAAGAUGUCCCCACGACGCCUCAUCGUCAGUAAUCAUUCUCUGCACUGGAUGUGCCAGUGCAGCGUAUGGGAGGAGCAACUUCACCUUGGCGUUGAGGCUGGCAAGUACAUUGAUCCCCGCUUAGGCGAGAUCAUGCGCGGGAUGCCAAAUCUCGACUCCUUGGCCAACAUCAUUGCAGACUACAACCCGAGAGCUCUGACAUACGACGAAGAUGCCCUGCCCAGCAUCAGCGGUCUCUUAAAUGUCAUCAGUCGGUGCUUCUCGGGCGGCUUCCUCUAUGGCAUCCCGGAGAUGUACUUUGAAGCGGCACUCGGUUGGACGCCGUACUGGAGCCACACCGAUCUCCGACGACGGACUGUCUCUGAUCGCCCUACUGCGAGCCAACUCGGUCCAUGCGGUCUUCCGUCUUGGUCGUGGGUGGGUUGGGAAGGUCUCGUCUCCGUCGGGCGCAAUGAAGCCGGUCCAGCGAAUCCUCUGGCUUACUCGAUCAGAGAGACAAUCCCCAUAACCACGUGGUACGCCUGCGCCACGCCGACAUCAGCGCAGAGAAGAAAAAUCAGACCCUCCUGGUUCGAGAAUCGCCAGGCGUACAAGGACUGUACUCGGCACUUGCCUCCAGGGUGGACUCAACAAGGGAUUCCUAGUCCAAGACACGGCGAGCAAGGGGACGUACUGCUUCACCCCGAUGGGUGCGACGAGUAUACCUUUAGACACAGUAGUAUGUCUGACCAUGACGACGAGCACCCGUGGUACUGGCCUUUCCCCGUGCCGGACAUUCAGAAAUCGACGCAGCCGUUCAUGCCGGAACAGACGCUGUACAUUAGCUGCGAUACCCGCCGCGCCCGCGUGUCUGCUUUUCAGACAGACGAACACAAUGACGUCUCGCUCUAUAGUGAGGAGAAAAAGAUUGGGUGGUUGCGAUUGCACAAUAAAGGUCAACUCGAAAUCUUCCCUCACCUGGAUGUCGGAUGGGCUGCUGCGAAGGAGGUCGAGUUGGUUGCCAUCUCCCGCGUGCGAAACUACAAAAAGACCUUUGAUGAGACGAUCAAACGCUACGCGCACCCGUUCACGGCCUCAGAGGGGUAUAGCGUGCUGUGGGUGGAGUGGGUUGACGGGGUCGCGUACCGCCUCGCGAGUGGUCAUGUCGACAAGACUGCGUGGGAGGGGCUGCCUCUAAAGGAUGUGUCUUUGAUUCUGGGGUGA